GAGGAGCGUCUCAGACUGGACAGGAAGUGACAGCCCUUUCCUGUUGUACUCAGACCACCUUCCUCCAGCUUUCGAAGCCCAAACACAAAGACACAAAUAGGCUAAUUAGUGAACUGAAGCAGGAGCUGCAUGAGGAAGGCAGUCGCUGCCGCCUGCUGUCACGGCAGCGGUGCUUCAACCAGCGCUGCUGCAUCCGCUGCUGUUCGCCCUUCACCUUCCUGCUCAACCCUAGGCGCCAGUGCCACGACUGCCGCUACAACGUCUGCAAGGCCUGCCGAGUCUACAGCAAGCGAGACAAAGCCUGGCUCUGCUCCGCCUGCCAGAAGAGCAGGUUGCUAAAGACACAGUCAUUAGAGUGGUUCUACACUAAUGUGAAGAAACGCUUCAAACGGUUUGGGAGCGUCAAAGUGUUGAAGACUCUCUACAGGAGACACCUGGCGGAGCACAGUGCGCUGUCACAGCUUGCUGAGGGCAGCGCCUACGAGGAGAGCGUCUGCAAUGAGGGCAGCGUCUGUGGGAGCGACUCAACCUUCUACAGACUAAGUCGAGAGCACAGCAUGGCAGAGAUGCUCACCGUGGCCUUGCAAGUGGCGGAGGAGGCCAUAGACGAGGCCAUUUCCAAGGCUGAGUUCGACACUGCCAGUCAGGAGAAGCAGAAUGAGACGCACUAUCUGCAGCAGCACAGACGAGAGCUCAUUGAGGAACUGGCCAAAACUAUUGUGCACAAAAUUAUUAGUAAGAGGAAGACUUUGGCUGAGAUGAGGACAGAUUACGACCAGGACUGGCCCCUCAAAGAAAACCCUGACCUUCAUCAUCCUCAGCCCACCUGUGAUCAAGCCUCCAGCUCCCUGAAACACCAGCCAGGCCUCUGGAGGUCACACUCUGCCUGCUCUCUGUUGGACAACAAGCCUCCUGGUCUGAUACAAGACUCUUCUCAGGUGUGUCAGAAGGAAGGUUGUGCCUCGGCUCUGUCUACAUGGAAGAGUGUUGAUCUGUUGGAUAACGCUGUUGUGUCCUCACUGCAGAAGAGCCCAGACGGGAACUGGAUCACCCUGCAGAGCACCCAGCUGUCUCAUACCGGCCUGUUGACCAGAAAGAAGGGCCUGGUCUACAGCACCUUGGAGAGGGAGUCUGGAGUGGUGUCUGCCUACGAGGGCUUGGACUCUGAUGAGUCUGAGCCUGACAGCUCUUGGGGUGCAAUGCUCCAGGAGAUCCACAGGAAGAUGAUGGACUCCAACCUCAACCUGCAGGACUCCCGAGACAGGAUCCAGUUGUCUCUGAUGGGAUGCCAAGGCAGCAGAGACCAUCUGUUUUCAGACUCUGAGAGGAACUGGAUGUCAAAUAAACCUCUGCUUGCUGAAUUUAAGAGGGAGUUGCCUGCAGAGGUCAGGCGAACUUCAUCGUCCUGCAGGACAAACAUCAUCGAUGUGAACGUUAACAUCGAAGGGGCAGGAGAGAAGGAGCAGAGCAGUGUGGCUCCCGAACCAAAGGUGGGGAGAUUCAAGAGAUCACGGAAGAAAAGGAGGGGUAAAAAACAGCAAGCAGCGUCUCCUUGUGUGUCGGAUAUAAAGAAAAAAGACAACCAAUCCCAAUAUCCUUCUGAUGCUGUGACCCCUGACACUUUGACUUCUGGAGCUAUAACCCCUGAACCUUGUGACCUUGGGAGUGACCUCACCAGACAUGGAGCCAAUCGUAUGGAUGAGGAGCUUGAGUUAAAACUUCAGCAGCUUGCAGGUCGAGUUUCUGACUUCCCCACUCGACAAGAAGAACGUGAUAAAGACGGAGAUGACGGUGCUGGUGAUGAGCAGAUGGUGGAAAGGAGACAAGGAGGUGAGGACAGAGAUGAAAGGCCAUGUAACAUGGAGAUUGACUUGGGUGAAGGAAGUACAGAGGAGGGAGAGCAAGAUUUAGAAGCAGAUGACGAAGAGAUGAAAUAUAGAUUAUACAAACUUGUCAAACAGUCCAGACUCUCAUACUUCUCCUCUACUGAUGACGAGUUAGUUGGCCAGAGGGAAGGAGACAAGGAUGAAGACAUGGAGGAGGAAAAGAUGGAAGGACUCGCUCACAAGCUCUGUCAGCUAGAAAAAGAAGUCAGAGCUACGCAGUUGUCAUCUACAGAGGACGACCUGGACACGGCAGAGAGAGAUGAAGCGAUAGAUGAGGAGACACGGUGGAAGUUAGAGGCAGAAAAAGCAGCUGAGGCCGCUCAGCUGAGAGACUUGGCCAGUCUGUUUUCUUCCACUGAGGAUAAGCUGGAGAGAGUUGAGGAGCAAAACAUAAAUGAAGGAGGAAUCAAGAGCAGCACUGAGAUGGCAGAACUGUGGGGAGGAGCAGUGGAGAGGAGAGAAUCGUUCACAGAUUUGGAUGUGAAAAUGUUUGAUUUCAGGGAAGAAUUGGAGGAAAUGACAAAUGAGUGUAAAGAUAAAGUAACAACUCAGAAUAGUUUGGGCUGCCAGAUUAUGACAGAUGUCCACGAAGGCAAACCAAAGGUAGAAGCACCUGGAAAGAUGUAUCUCUUCAAAUACAAAGUAAGAACAGCAGUUGUUGAGGAAAAUGUAUGUGAAGAACAACUGGAAGACACAGCUGAAAAAGCAAAAGAGUCGGAGGAAACACAAGGUCGGAAGUUAAUAACAGUGGCUACAGUGAAAAUGUUAGAAGAAACUGAGGGGAUAGAUUUAAAUGAGACAAGAGUGAAACAAGAAAACCCGCCAGAGGCAAAGUGGCCAGAUGAAAAGGAAGGAGAAGGAAAAGAAAAAGUUAAAGAAAGAAAAGAGAGUCUGUGGGAAAUGGCAGCAGACAGCAAUGAAGAAGACGAAGAAUUUGACCGAAGAAUCAGCAGCAUGUUGAUGAUGCGUUUGGAGGACACACAGGCAGAAACAUUUAAAGAUGAAAAUGGGAGAACAAGUAGAGAGUUAGAGGACAGUGGAUUCAGAGAGAAGGUCGUUGAUGCACAGAAUACAAAUUCAUCAGAGGAAACAGGAAGUGCAAACGAGUUUCAAAGUCGAGGUGACAAAAAUGUCAAAGACAGACCGAGAGAAAGAACUGAGCAAAGUGGAGAAUUUUCCAGAAAAAAGGAGAGUGAAGAUGCAAUGAGUAGAAUUGAAAAUGAGCAGGAAGAAAGAGAUACAGAUUCACAAGAAAGAGGAAAUUUAGCAAAAGAAAAAUCUGUGGUUCCAACAGUCGAACAAAAUGAGGCCGAACGAACAUGUACAAGAACAGAAGUGGAUGUUGAGGAACAACAGAACAGAAAAGGGAGAAUGACGCCUGAGUGUCAAACGAUGGAGAUGAGGGGAGUUGCUACAGAAGGAGAGCACAGAGACAGAGAUGAAAAACCGGAGGAAACCGACAGAAAUGCAGACGAGUUGGAGCAGAGCAGCACAUCUUCUCUUCAGGAGGGUUUCCUGUCACCACAGGAGAUUCGAAAUAGAUAUUCAGCGGUGUCUCUGUGCAGCAUCACCACGGAGGUGCUGAAGGUGCUGAACGCCACCGAGGAGCUGCUGCUGGGAGUGGAGGGAGGAGACAGACCCCAACUGUCCACCACCUCACUGCUCCCCAGCAGCAACCCCAAAAAGCUGGAUCAGCAGUUCUCCAGACUGGAGGAGAAUGUGUAUGUGGCAGCGGGUUCAGUGUACAGUCUGGAGGCGGAGCUGAGUGACCUGGAGGAGUGUGCCAGGGGAAUCUGUGGCGCCACCUCGGAUGCGGAGCUGUCCUUCCUGGAGGAGCAGGUGGCGUCAGCGGCCGCCAUGGUCCAACAGUCGGAGCUACAGAUCGGUGACAUCUCUGCAAGAAUUGCUGCUUUGAAGAAUGAAGGCCUCAAUGUGGAUACACAGUCACAUUUCACCAAAACCAGGACCAUUCCAGUAAUGCCUGUCACCCUGAACUCAUCAAGACAACUGAGGCGGCGGUUACCUGCACCACCAGUGAAGGAAGAAGCAGAAACCUGAAUCAUGGAGCCAGGGCUAUCGCAGUGCCUUGACCUGGUCACUCUGCAGCCACAGGCCAGUCUUAAAGGAUCAGUGCAGACACUAUUUUGCCUUAUUUUUAUCCCACACUACAUGUGCUUCAGAUGAUACAGGACACUAGCACUGUAUGCAGAUUGUGUAGUUGUGAAGAGCAAAGCUGUAGGAGUGUUUCAUACACAGGAUUAGGUUCAGUAAUCACUGUUCUAGUGCAAUCUUGUCAGAAAUGUAAUGUAGAUAACUCCUUUUUUAUUUUUAGAUUGGUGAACAAACAUUAUUGAAACUUUCAGUACUGAGCAGGUAAACCCUGAGUUUAUUCAAUGUCACAGCAAGAAAAUUACUGUUUAUUUUUCGAAAUUAUUUAAUCCAGUAUGUUUUAAACUUUUUAUAGGCUUCCAUUUAACAAUGAUGACCAUAUUUAACUUGCAGAUGAGUAAGGAUAUAAAAAUAUUAUUUUAUUAUGACUACAAGUUAGCAGCAGCACAGCUACUGGCUAGAACUUGAUGACAGUUUUUGCUGCAUAUCAAAAACGUACAUGGAGACAAUUAUAGCACAUCAGGCAACAUUUUACCAAGUCAAAUCAGUAAUAGGGAUAAUACACCAAUCAGGUAUAACAUUAUGACCACCUGUACAUCUGUAAGCACUUCAAUGUAACACUUCUGCCUUAACCUUUGUGUUCAUGAAGCUCAAACUGUUUGGUUUGGGUGAGAUUGUCAAAUGUAUAAAUUCAGUUAUGUUCAUUAUUGAGGUGUCUGUAUAUUCAGCUGUAUUUUUUCCAAGGGUAUUCAUGUUCUUCGGUACAUAUUUGUACAGCAAUACAAGUAGUAAAUGCUUUUUUUUCCUGCCUUAAUUAUUAACUACAGAAGGUAAAGUGCUGGGAAACAGCAGUGAAAAGCCUCUGCACCUUUUCUGACCCUCAGACGAAGGUGGGUGUAAAGGUGAGGAAUGUGGUUUGUUUUUUGAGAUGAGGAAAUGACACCCAAAUAUGACAUUCCUCCAUGGGAAGGUGGUGUGGGAACAACACAAAGCAGCUGUGGAAAAAUAAUCUUACAACAAACAGUGAGCAACGUCACCUCUCGUUCUCCAAGUGGGUUCCCAUCCACUACCGUUAACCAAAUAUUGGAAGACAAUUAGACUGGAAGAUGCCAGUGUGGUGUUGCUUCAGUGGGAAAAAGUAACACUACCACACUUCCUCAAAGCCAGAGACUUGUUUAAAAAAACAAGUCAGUCCAGCUUUCACUCUUCAUCAGCUCAGACUCAAAAUGUAAAUGUCACUUCGCACUCAUUUCUCUCUCUAACCACCAAUGGGACGCUUAGGCUCUUUGACUGGGCAUUAUCAAGUGACUGGGCUGUUAGUGGUCAGAGAAAUAAAUGGGUGUGACCAUGAACUUUAACAUUUUGAAUCUGAGGAUUCAAAACUGGACUGAAACGUUGUCAUUUGUUGUUGAAUAAACCUCUGGCUUUGGAGGAAGUGGGCAAGUGUUAAGUUUUACCACUGAUGCUGUUUUGAAUAGCUUGGUACCUAUUAGCCCCAGCUCCCUGCCGUGAGCAUUUGAAAUUGAAACUGAACGUUUUAACCCCAUACCAUCAUUUCAUAACACACAGGUUCUGAGAAAAUUUCUCGAAUCUUCAAACUCCAACAAUAGAGAAUCAAAAGUCGUCUGGUCCAGGAAAAAUGUCAGUUUUUUGAAGGAUUUUGUUGGCUUUGCUGAAGAUGGCGACGGGAAAUGGCGUCUCAGCACAGCACCACCAGGGGUCAGCUGCAACUUUUUUACAGUCAGAUGUGCUCUGCAAAAGUGAUGUCAGUGGUUUGUGUCUUUCUGAAGAAAACGAUGACCAUGGUGCUGCCUAAAAAUUAAUCAUCAUGCUCAUUGUUUCCUUCAGAAAGACACAAACCACUGAUAUCACUUUCGCAGAACAUGUCGGACUGUGUAAACCAGGGGUGGCCAAUUCCAGUCCUCGAGGGCCGCUGUCCUGUUUGUUUUCC